AUGGAAAUUGUUCUUUCCGCCGUUGCUGCUGCUCUUGCAAUAGAGGCCGGUCACGAAUGGAGGUGCAACAUAAGCGAGUGUGACCCGUCUCCAACGUUCAAAUGGACUCACAUUUUCGAGAGCUCGUUGACUGAUGUCAACCGCUUCGUCGACAGCCACGACGGUCUCCUCGCGCUCAAAUCCGUACAAACAACCGAUGCUGGACAGUACACAUGCCAAGCCACGAAUUACGUCGGCAGUUCGACAGUAACAAGAACAUUAAACAUUCAAGUUAUCCCUCCAAUUUCUUUCGUCGAAGCUAAACCGAUUGUGGUCGGUGGAACGCCGACGGUGAGAUGGAGAAUUUCUGGCAGUCGCUACAGCCAAACAUCAAGCGGCUCGUUGGUUAUCACUGAUGUCAGAGGCUCGGAUCAACGGGCAUAUGAGUGUCAAGCCGUAAAUGCUGCUGGUACCGCGUCUCGUAACGUAAACCUCAGACUGAUUUUUAAGUCGGACUCCAAUCUGCUUGUCUGA